AUGUCGACGGUUUCGAUCGGGAAACCCUGUAGAGAAUACGAGAACCCGAAUGGCGCCGAGCUCCACACGUUCGUCGCGGAGCGUCCGGGCCACCAUGACUGGACCCUCGUAUCCUCAGAUAAGGUCAAGUUCCGGGUGAAUUCCAGUGCUCUGGUGUCGCAGAGUGACUACUUCGCCGCUCUGUGUGGCUCCGGAAUGACAGAGCAGCAGAAAAACACAGUGGAGUUCACCGACAUCGAUUCGACUUCACUGGAAAGGUUCCUGAAUUGCAUCUGUACCGGCAAGGUUAUCGUCGGUUCGGAUUCUUUUCUCUCGCUGGUGCAGCUCGGAGUCCGCUUCCAGUGCCAGUGGCUGACAGAAGCUGUGAGCAAUUACCUCGAGACCGACUUCCUAAACCUCGAUCAAAAAGACAUCAGUGAGGUCUUCCUGAGUCGGAUCUACCCGCCGAUGGCCGAUACCUGUCAACAGCUCAUCGACGAACACCUUAUCAGCGAACGCAUGCUCGACCUGACUUUCGACGUGGUCGCCGCGCAGCUCCGACGAGAUGAGCUGAAGUCGAGAUGCGAAGACCAGGUUCUAGGUUUCGUCCAGGACUACUGCAAUCAUUGGAAGCUCGACACCCAACGGAGACUCGUCUUGCUGAAUACAAUUCGAAAACCUCGUCUGACAUUACGAGCUUUCGACAAGGCUGCGUUUUUCGUUCCUUUCUUCAAGGACACAAAGCACUUCUCAAUGAUCGCCGACCACAUUGACUUCAUUGACGAGAUCGACGAAGAGCAACUGCGUGGCAGAGCCGGGAACGAGGCCAACAUAACAAUGUUCUGGCUCCUGGAAAAAACGAGUGACAGCCAGGCAUCUUCGCACGUCUCGGAUGGCAAAAUGGUAGCGACGAUCAGAACUUUGACGCUGAACGCUGACGGAGGAGUUCGAACUCUGAGUGAUCGGAACAAUCAGAGUCGGCACGAUCUCAAGAUAAAGGAGCCCACCGGUUUCUACGUCGCUUACGCUAAUCAUGUCUUCUCCAGCACAGCUCCCCCGUUGUCAGCAAAGAAGAUCACCGUGAAGGAGUCGGGGGUGGAGGUCAAGACCGUCGCGACUGUCUUUGAGGGUCCCAGGGAUGUUCUCGAAUCGCAAAGCGUAAUCGGGGUCGACUACUUGGGGGAGGUAUUUUUCCUGAGCCAGCGAUCAAACCAGGAUUCGCACCGAUGCGAAGUCUUGCGAUGUAGGUUCGAUGCCAAUGACAAUUUGAUAACUCUCCGUAUGCCUCUCGCGAGCUCCGUCGCCAUGCUAAGGGCGCGCCGUAUGAUCUACUCGUCGGAUUUCAUCUGCGUGCUGACGAUCGAUUCUGUAAUAGCGGUUUACACGGCCAGGGGGGACACCUUGCGGCUAUUACCCGCACCUGAUGAUUGCACGCCCAAAUAUAUUCAGAUGGCACGACAGAAGGACAAGCUCUAUGUUUUCGACUACAGUGAAUGUCCCCCACAACUUCACGAUUUCAGUCAGCCGUUCUCGCAUUUCGAUAAAAUAAGGGUGUACAGCUUGAGCGAGCAGAAGUGGAUUGCGGAUUACCCCGUCGACCUGAACAGACUGCGGAACUCAUGUUGCAACGAACUUGUUGCGUUCAAUAUCGAAAUGUACUUCAUCCGAGAACAACUUCAUUUUCUCUGGGCCCACGAAGGCCGCCUGCAUAUAUUCCGUCUCAAUGAGAAAGCCUGUCGUACGGAGCACUUGAUCAACUUCGAAGUUCCCAAUGGAGCGAAGAGUUUCAUUCUACUGCCCGGUUAUUACAACAUCCACUACGACACGACAGUUCUGGAGAAGUACAUGCAUUCUUACUGUGAGAAAUACUUGACCAAUUUCGGUCGCACCCGAAUGAAUUCCCGGAAAGUGGCUGAAUGGCGAAUGAAGUAUUUCGACGGUGUCGUGGGGAGCGGGCUGUUCCCCCGCGACCCCGAUGAAUUGUGGUUCGCUCUCCCACCGGCGCGCUUGGGGCAUGUUCCGGAUAUGGAUUGAGCGAACGUCGAAGUCUAUGUUUGGACAGGCGGUGCUUCUCGACUGCCGAAGUGAUCCCGUGGGUGAGCUUGAUACAUAUGAUGACUGACUAUGU